AUGCCGGGACACUUACAGGGUGGCUUCGGCUGCGUGGUCUCCAACCGAUUCGACCAGUUAUUUGACGACGAAUCCGACCCCUUCGAGGUGCUGCAGGCAGCGGAGAACAAGAAAAAAGAAGCCGGUGGGGGCGGUGGUGGAGGCCCCGGGACCAAGAGCGCAACCCAGGCCGCGGCCCAGACCAGCUCCGGCGCGGCGGGCAAACGGCUGCGGGAGGAGUCGCAGAGGGACGAGACGCCGCCGCCGCCGCCGCCCGGCGACGCGAGAGAGACGCCGCCGCCCGCGCUGCCCGCGAAAGAAAGGCUGAGGCUCGUCGGAAGGAGACCUGACCCACAGCUUCAGGGGGAAGGGAAAUUUACUGAGAGAAGACCAGACCGGCGACCACCUCGUGAAGGAAGAUGUGAAAAGCCACUUGAAGAAAAGGGGGAAGGAGGCGAAUUUUCAGUUGCGAGACCGACUGUCAACCGGCCUGUCCGAGGCUGUGGUGGCCCUGGGAGAGGUCGAGCUGGCCGCGGACGUGGACCAGGCCGAGGAGAUGGGUUUGAUUCCCGGGACAAACGUGAGUUUGACAGGCACAGUGGAAGCUACAGGUCUGGCCUGAAGCCUGAGGACAAGCGUGGAGGGAGCGGAUCUCACAACUGGGGGACCAUCAAAGAUGAAUUAACUGACUUGGAUCAAUCAAAUGUGACUGAGGAAACCCCUGAAGGUGAAGAGCACCCAGUGGCAGACACUGAGAACAAGGAGAACGAAGUCGAAGAGGAAAAGGAAGAGGGUCCAAAAGAGAUGACUUUGGAUGAAUGGAAGGCUAUUCAAAUUAAGGACCGGGCAAAAGUAGAAUUUACUCUCCGAAAACCAAAUGAAGGUGCUGAUGGGCAGUGGAAGAAGGGAUUUGUGCUUCAUAAAUCAAAGAGUGAAGAGGCUCAUGCUGAAGAGUCGGUUAUGGACCGUCAUUUCCGGAAGCCAGCGAAUGAUAUAACGUCUCAGCUGGAAAUCAAUUUUGGAGACCUUAGCCGCCCAGGAUGGGGUGGCAGAGGAGGAAGAGGUGGGCGUGGGCAUGGUGGACGUCCCACUGACAAGUCAAGAGCUUCUGCUCCAGAUGUGGAUGACCCAGAGGCAUUCCCAGCUCUGGCUUAACUGGAUGUCAUAAAACAACCCUGGUUCCUUGGUGGACCCUUAUAUUCAAAGCUUUUGUAUACUUAAGGAUUCCAAACAGAAACUUUAAAAAAAAAAAAAAAAGACUGUCAUUCUUACCAUUCACA